CCCUACUGUGGUAAGAGGCAAACCAGGACAAUGAAGUUCGGUUUGGCAUUUUUGGCCCUCGGGAUUUUGGCCCUUGCUGGCACCUGCUCUGCGCUGAAAAUCGGCGCCUUCAAUGUGAAGACUUUCGGCAGGAGUAAGAUGUCCAAGCCUGAAGUGGUGGAGAUUCUGCUACAGAUCGCAGAGCGUUAUGACAUCUUGCUGAUUCAGGAAAUUCGGGACAACACGUUCACCGCCAUCUACAGUUUCCUGGACCAGCUCAAUGCCCGUACUGGUAACGUCUACUCCAUGCUGUUGAGUGACCGUCUUGGGAGGUCGUCCUACUACAUGGAACAGUAUGCCAUUCUCUAUAGGAACGACCGACAGCUGACUCCGGUAGGAGACUACCACUACAGCGACCCGGGAGACAUCUUCCACAGGGAGCCCUACGUCAUCCGCUUCCUGUCCGGGACUACCUCUGUGCAAGACUUUGUGCUGGUCCCGUUGCACGCCGAUCCCGAUGACGCAGUGGUGGAGAAUAACCAACUGUACAACGUGUACCUGGACGCCUUGGACCGCUGGGGAGACGAGGACAUCCUCAUCUUCGGAGAUCUCAACGCCGACUGCAGCUACGUGGGCUCCGCUGAUUGGUCGAGCAUUCGAAUCUGGACGGACAACCGAUUCGAAUGGCUGAUCGGGAACGAGGCUGACACAACCGUCAAGAGCACCCACUGUGCUUAUGACCAACUUGUCGUUGCAGGCUCCCAGCUCCAAGCGUCUGUUAGGAGCUACGGCGUCUUCGACUACAAGUCUGCAUAUCGUCUGACACAAUCAGAGGCCGAGGCCGUGAGUGACCACUGGCCAGUAGAGAUGGACAUUGUCUAGUGUCUGUCCGCACUACAGUUUGUGGGUGGUCACGAGACACCUAUGCUGCAGCAUCAGAGAAAUAGACCAGUCAGCGAGCGACGAAAACACCAGACGACUCGUAUACUCUGGCUGAUGAAUAAAAUUGAAAAAUA